AUGUAAUUCUUGGUUAAUCAUUAAGUAGGAUUUUGACCCCCAUUUGCAAAAUAAGUCGCGGUAUUUGGAAAAUCAAAUUUAGUUUCACCAUUUUCCAAGUCAACUUUGAAGCAGCUCUACAUUGACAAUAUUUGUUUGCAAACCUCUGAAUUUGGAACUUGGGCUAAAACUCUGAUCUCUGGAAGGUUGUAAUAAGAUGAAGAAAAAUAGAUUUGAGCAUGAUAUUGAAUCUCUGCACCGAAACCAGCUUACAGAAUAUGAAGACACACUCCCCAUCACAGAGAGAUCUAACCCCAUAACACAGGAUAUAGAUCUAUCAGAUUCAGUUCAGAUUGUACAACUGUUGAAAAAAUGUGAUGAAGAAAUAUUUCAGAAGGAGGAGGACUCAGCAACAAACUAUAAGACACUAUACAGUGAAUCCAUCUUAACGGCUUUGAAGGACACGGCCAAGCAAGUUCAAGAGAUGCUGAGGGAUGCUGAAGAUAACCUGAUUGUGCUGAGCGGAUGCGGAACUUCAGGAAGAUUAGCAUUUCUACUUGCUUCUUCCUUCAAUAGUUUGUCCAAAACAAAAAUCUAUGACUACAUCAUUGCUGGAGGAGACAAAGCUCUCAUGACUUCUCAAGAGCUACCUGAAGAUAAUCCAGAAACUGGGAUUAAAAUGUUAAAAGCAAUUACCAAAAUGAAAAAGAAAGUACUGUUCAUUGGGAUUUCAUGUGGAUUGUCAGCUCCAUUUGUUGCUGGUCAACUAGAUUUCUGCAUGAACAACCUGGACAAGUUUACUCCUGUUCUGGUGGGGUUCAAUCCAAUUAAUAUGGCAAGACCUGACAAAAUAGAGGGAUGGCACUUGACAUUUCUUCAAGUGGCAGAACGACUUCAGGAACUUCACAACAUACAGAAGGCAUUUAUUAUCAACCCUUCUGUUGGGCCUGAAGGGAUUACUGGAUCAUCCAGGAUGAAAGGUGGAAGUGCCACCAAACUCCUGCUGGAGACGGUGCUCCUGGCUGCACAUGAGGCUCUGGAAAACAACACUGCCAUCACACACAGAUGCUUGUUGGAUUUACUGAGAAGUUAUGAAGAAAAUCUGACGAUCACAUAUUCUCACAGUGAGACAUUUGCUGCUUUGGUGAACCAGACUGGUGCAAGCUUACAGCAGAAUGGUCAUAUAUAUUACAUUGGAUGGAAGUCACUUGGUAUUAUGGGAAUCAUCGAUGCAAGUGAAUGUGUACCAACAUUUGGAGCAGAUGCCGAUCACGUGCGUGGCUUCAUCUAUAAUGGCUUCAAAGAAAUGGCAAACAAAGAAGGUGACAUGUCAGCACUGGGACCAGAAUUUGCUGUCUCCCAUGAACAUUUCCUGAAGACAAUACUUCCCAUAAUCCUCAGGAGCGACACUGUUGUCUUUGUCUUCACCUUGGACGACGAUGGUGCACAGAUUGAGAAAUUUGCACGUCAGGUGAAAGAGUCAGCUUUCAAUUUGUUUGCAAUCUCACAUGGAACAGCAGAACAACACAUGCCUCGACAGCUAAGGGAAUUAUUUUCCAUCAUAGUGAGUGUCGUUUGGCCCAUGACUUUGUCCAAGUACAAAGGGAGCUAUGUUCAGAUGUUUCACCGUGAACUGUGUACAAAAUGGAUGCUGAAUGCAAUUAGUACAAGUGCACAUAUUUUGAAAGGGAAAGUCUACCAUAAUUACAUGAUUGAUCUCAAAGUUAGUAACUCCAAAUUAUUUGGCCGGGCUCUGCACAUCCUCCAGAUAUUUACUGUCCAAACCAAAUCUCAAUGUUUUAAGGCUUUGUUAAAAUCUAUCUAUGAAACAGAUGAAUUAAGUGAAAAAGUAAAAAAUGUGGACAUUUCAAAACAUAUUCAGCAAGCGGCAACUAUGAGCAAGAUUGUUCCUGUAGCAUUGGUGGCCUUAAUGAGAAGCUGCUCCAUAUCCACAGCAAAAGAUAUACUUGCGUCUGCUCUGGCUGUUCGAGAUGCAAUUAGUGCGUGGAACCCCCCAAAGACACAAGUGGAGGGUAGUACACCCUGAGCUAUCUGAAAAAGAGAAUUAUGGCAACUGUGCAGAAAAAUAUUCAAGAAAAUCAUCACAAAGGGCUGAACAAACAAUAAAGUACUACAGCGUAUUUUAAUAUGCCAAUUAUACAUGCAGCAAACUCACACAAACAGUAAUAAUGAUGUAAAAUAUACAUUGAACAUACAGCAUGAAAAUAGGACACUGAGCUUAGUCACAUAGUACAAGGAUUUAUGUUUCACACCAGCUCCUUCCAUCUCUUUCCUCAAACUCUGUCAGUAUAACCUUGCACGGCCUAUUCCGUCAUAGCCAUCCUUCCUAUCUAGUCCUCCUUUAAAGACAAUUCAAAACGUCUACAUUUUAUUCUCAAAUUCUCACCACUCUCCCCCAUCUUACAUUUAUAAUCUGUAGUUUUCUUUUUACAUAUAAAUGAAGACAGUCUUCACAUCUUCAUCAUCACAACCUUUCAUAAUCAUGAAGAGACCAAUUAGGUUUUCUGAUGCGUGCAGACUGAUUGUCAUG